UUUUUUUUUUUUUUUUUUUUUUGCAGUUCUGACCCACUUUAAGGUCGCAUCUCUAAGACAGGGUCCUUUAUUGGGCUGCCAUCAAUAACCUGCAGCCAUGAGUUCUGACUCAGAGAUGGCCGUUUUUGGGGAGGCUGCUCCUUUCCUCCGAAAGUCUGAAAAGGAGCGAAUUGAAGCUCAGAACAAGCCUUUUGAUGCCAAGACAUCAGUCUUUGUGGCAGACCCGAAGGAAUCCUUUGUGAAAGCAACAGUGCAGAGCAGGGAAGGGGGGAAGGUGACAGCCAAGACUGAAGCUGGAACUACUGUCACGGUGAAAGACGACCAAGUCUAUCCUAUGAACCCUCCCAAAUAUGACAAGAUCGAGGACAUGGCCAUGAUGACUCACCUGCAUGAGCCUGCUGUGCUGUACAACCUCAAAGAGCGCUACGCAGCCUGGAUGAUCUAUACCUACUCAGGCCUGUUCUGUGUCACUGUCAACCCCUACAAGUGGCUGCCGGUGUAUAACGCAGAGGUGGUGGCUGCCUACCGAGGCAAAAAGCGCCAGGAGGCUCCGCCCCACAUCUUCUCCAUCUCUGACAACGCCUAUCAGUUCAUGCUGACCGAUCGGGAGAAUCAGUCUAUCUUGAUCACUGGAGAAUCUGGUGCAGGGAAGACUGUGAACACCAAGCGUGUCAUCCAGUACUUUGCAACAAUUGCAGUUACUGGGGAGAAGAAGAAGGAAGAGCCUACUUCUGGCAAAAUGCAGGGGACUCUGGAAGAUCAAAUCAUCAGUGCCAACCCCCUACUGGAGGCCUUUGGCAAUGCCAAGACCGUGAGGAAUGACAACUCCUCUCGCUUUGGUAAAUUCAUCAGGAUCCACUUCGGUGCCACAGGGAAACUGGCUUCUGCUGAUAUUGAAACAUAUCUUCUGGAGAAGUCUAGAGUUACUUUCCAGCUAAAGGCUGAAAGAAGCUACCAUAUUUUUUAUCAGAUCAUGUCUAACAAGAAGCCAGAUCUAAUUGAAAUGCUCCUGAUCACCACCAACCCAUAUGACUAUGCCUACGUCAGUCAGGGGGAGAUCACAGUGCCCAGCAUUGAUGACCAAGAAGAGCUGAUGGCUACAGAUAGUGCCAUUGACAUCCUAGGCUUCACUUCAGAUGAAAGAGUGUCCAUCUAUAAGCUCACAGGGGCUGUGAUGCAUUAUGGGAACAUGAAAUUCAAGCAAAAGCAGCGUGAGGAGCAAGCUGAGCCAGAUGGCACCGAAGUUGCUGACAAGGCGGCCUAUCUCCAAAAUCUGAACUCUGCAGAUCUGCUCAAAGCCCUCUGUUACCCCAGGGUCAAGGUCGGCAAUGAAUAUGUCACCAAAGGUCAAACUGUGCAGCAGGUGUACAACGCUGUGGGUGCUCUGGCCAAAGCCGUCUACGAUAAGAUGUUCCUGUGGAUGGUCACCCGUAUCAACCAGCAGCUGGACACCAAGCAGCCCAGGCAGUACUUCAUCGGGGUCUUGGACAUUGCUGGCUUUGAGAUCUUUGAUUUCAACAGCCUGGAGCAGCUGUGCAUCAACUUCACCAACGAGAAACUGCAACAGUUUUUCAACCACCACAUGUUCGUGCUGGAGCAGGAGGAGUACAAGAAGGAAGGCAUCGAGUGGGAGUUCAUUGACUUCGGGAUGGACCUGGCUGCCUGCAUCGAGCUCAUCGAGAAGCCCAUGGGCAUCUUCUCCAUCCUGGAAGAGGAGUGCAUGUUCCCCAAGGCAACAGACACCUCCUUCAAGAACAAGCUGUAUGAACAACAUCUUGGAAAGUCCAACAACUUCCAGAAGCCCAAGCCUGCCAAAGGCAAGCCUGAGGCCCACUUCUCGCUGAUCCACUAUGCAGGCACCGUGGACUACAACAUUGCAGGCUGGCUCGACAAGAACAAGGACCCCCUGAAUGAGACAGUGGUCGGGCUGUACCAGAAGUCUGCAAUGAAGACUCUGGCUUACCUCUUUUCUGGGGCAGCAGCAGCAGAAGCCGAGGCUGGUGGCGGUGGAAAGAAAGGUGGCAAGAAGAAGGGUUCUUCUUUCCAGACCGUGUCUGCUCUCUUCAGGGAGAAUUUGAAUAAGCUGAUGACCAACUUGAGGAGCACUCACCCCCACUUUGUGCGGUGCAUCAUCCCCAAUGAAACUAAAACUCCUGGUGCCAUGGAGCACGAACUUGUCCUGCACCAGCUGAGGUGUAACGGUGUGCUGGAAGGCAUCCGCAUCUGUAGGAAAGGAUUCCCAAGCAGAAUCCUUUAUGCAGACUUCAAACAGAGAUACAAGGUAUUAAAUGCAAGUGCGAUCCCUGAAGGAC